ACACUGUAAAUUUAGUAAAACACCCCUUUUUUCCCCUCAAAAUCUUAAUUGAAAAUCCAAAAAUUUUAAAAAACAAUAAAGAAAAAUCACAGUCAUGAAAUAAAUGUUAUUCAUUAAAGUUGGGGAUGAAGAAACUACUUAGUUUGAAAAAGAAGAAGAUUGGUAGACUUGGUAAGAAGAAAGCUAUAAUAAAGGAGAAAGAGGAAAACUUUUUUGGUUAGUGAUUUAAAGAAAUGGGUCUCUCACAAAACGAAGCAAAAAUGGAAGGUUGGUUAUAUACAAUACGUUCCCAUCCUCUUGGUUUACAAUUCUCACGCAAACGUUACUUCGUUCUUCAUAACCAUGUUCUCAGGAGCUUUAAAACAAUCCCCAUUUCUGAAAAACAGGAACCUGUUAGAAGUGCAGUAAUAGAUUCUUGUAUUCGGGUUAUAGACAACGGAAGGGAGAGCAUUAACAAAAAGGUGUUCUUCAUUUUCACCGUUUACAGCAUUUUGGAUGGUAACAAUCAGAUUAAGCUUGGAGCAUGUAGUUCAGAGGAAGCAGCAGCAUGGAUUCGUUGCUUAAAGGCUGUGGCAUUAGAGGAGCCUCCUCCAUGUCAAGCAAAGAAUUUUGUAGGUUCUCCCACAAUGACAUGGCCAUCUCUGAGAUCGGAAAGUACAUGGAUGAAACUACGAAAGAACUCUGUCAAGUGGCCAUUUCGUUCAUCUGUUCAUGCAGAGGCAACAACAUCUGAUGUAAUUGCACCCUCACAUUGGAAAAUAUUUGGUUGUCAAAAUGGGUUGCGGCUUUUCAAAGAAGCAAAAGAUUGGAAUUCACUUGGAGGGGUAGGUUUCUAUUCCGACACCAUUCAUGAUUGUCGUGCUCGAAUCUUUUUUAGGGUUUAUUCGGCUGAAGAAACUUCUUGUUCUAAGCUUUGGGAUGAUGAUCCGGCAAUAAUGGCGGUUGGUGUGGUGGAUGGGACCUCGGAGGCCAUUUUCCUUGCACUCAUGUCUCUUGGCCCCUCAAGAUCAGAAUGGGACUAUUGUGUCUACCAUGGCAGUCUGGUCGAGUGCCUUGAUGGUCAUACUGAUAUCAUUCACAAGAAGUUAUAUAGUGAUUGGCUACCUUGGGGAAUGAAGCGGAGAGAUUUAUUACUUCAACGCUAUUGGAGACGAGAGGAUGAUGGCACAUACGUGAUUCUGUACCAUUCCGUGGUUCACAAGAAGUGUCCGCCUCAAAGUGGCUAUGUUCGUGCUCACCUUAAAAGUGGGGGAUAUGUUGUCACUCCUGUGAACCAGGGGCAGCAAUCUACUGUGAAGCACAUGCUUGCUAUCGAUUGGAAGUUGUGGAAAUUAUAUCCCCGGCUGUCAGCUGCUAGAUCCUUGACAAUUCUGAUGCUCAUGAGAGUUGCAGCCUUAAGGGAGCUGUUCAAAGCCAAGCGAAGAAAUUCUUCUUCCAUAUGCUUGUCCAGGGAGUGGCUAAGACAUAUACACUUGCCUCAAACCGAAAAACCGGAUGAUAAGACUGACACCGAGAGCGAUAAAAGUAUUGACAAUAAGUUGAUCAAUAAUGAGGUUGAACAACUGGCAUCGUUGCAUGUAAGUCUAUCAGGUCUAAAUGAAGAACCGGAUGAGUUCUUUGAUGUACCUGAAGAAUCUGAAUUUUCAGAUUGUGAUCACUUGGAAAGUGAGAGGCCUGGCGAACCAAGUUCUGAGCUGCCUCCCCUGAACUUGCAUCAGCCAAAAUUAACAUCAGCGGCCAGUUUCGUGCGAAAGUUACAUGACCUUGCAACUCAAAAGAAGGGUUACAUGAACUUACAAGAGGUGGCUACAGAAGACACCAAGCUCUACUGCUAUGGAAAUUCACUCCGAAAGGAUCCGACCGCUACUUUACCUAGCAGUUGGUCGCCUGGCAAUCCAUUUUUGUUCUUGAUUCGUGGACAAAAUUACCUACAAGACAAGCAAAAGAUUAAGGCAAACGGAGCCUUGAUGCAAAUGGUAGGGGCAGACUGGUUAAUAUCCGAAAAACGAGAAGACAAUCUCGGCAGCCGACUAGGUGGUAUUGUGCAGAACCAUGCAGCACAAGGUGGACCAGAAUUCUUCUUUAUUGUUAAUUUCCAGAUUCCUGGAACGCCGAGGUAUACACUGGCAAUGUACUACAUGAUGAAAUCUCCUUUGGAAGAUCACCCUUCGCUUUAUAAAUUUGUAAAUGGAGAUGAUGCCUAUAGGAAUUCAAGAUUUAAGCUCAUACCACACGUUUCUGAGGGAUCAUGGAUAGCGAAACAAAGUGUUGGAAAGAGGGGUUCCUUAUUGGGCCAAACUCUUGAAGUUCAUUAUUUCAGAGGGAAAAAUUAUAUGGAGGUUGAUGUUGAUGUUGCAUCUUCAACAGUGGCACGGAGUGUAUGUAAUCUUGUUAUUGGAUAUUUUAGCAGUAUGGUCCUUGAAUUGGCAUUUGUUAUACAGGGUAAUACACGGGAAGAGCUCCCUGAAACCCUUCUUGGAACAAGCAGACUCAAUCGUGUUGAUCUAUCCAAAGCAUUGGUAGCAUUGCCAUAGACUAAAAGGGUUUAUGAUCCGGUUCGAAUUUCAUAAAUUUUGAAAUGUUUUUAGUGAAAUUGGUUGGAAUUAAGGCCGAACCGGUUUUAAUAAUCCAUUUUACUACCCAUUACUAAUACAUAUAAAAGGGAAAGGCUAAAAAUAAUCAAAUCAUGUAAAAGGAAUUUCAAUAUUUCUUUACCAUUGAUUCAAUCAAGUUGAAAAUUGAAAAAAGGAAAAUGAGUAGACUUGGUUUUGAUUCUUUGGUGGGAUUAAUGUUAGACGUAACGUGUUCAUUUCCAUAAUGAUGAGCUUCUAUUGUAUGAUUGAAUAUAACUUUCUGUUUGAAUUUUCA